AUGGAAACAAAGGCCGGAAGCAAAGCCGCCCGUGACAAGGCCGCCACCGUCGAAUAUGCCGAGAACCUCCUCUACGCAGAGGACGGCACGGUUCGAAAGCUUCCCAUUCCCUCCAACGAUCCAAAUGAUCCCCUUAAUUUUGGACCGUGGCGCCAGCGCCUCAUAAUGAUCGCUAUCUGCGUCUAUGGCAUCGCCGGGUUCGGUGUGGUCCAGUCCACUCCCCUCUUCUUUGGCGAGCUUGUCCCCGAAUACAUGAAGCAGACGCGAGGCACGUUUAACCCUGAACGCAUCUCGGAUCUUGCCAGCUAUCCAUCUCUUUGCAUGGGAUUGGGCAACUUUUUCUUCGUUCCCCUCUCUAUGGCGCUGGGUCGCCGUGCCGCCUUCAUUCUCAGCAACGCGAUACUAUUGUCGGCCAUUAUCUGGGCCGCCAAGUCCGAGACUUUCGAGUCUCACCUGGGGGCUCGUUGUCUCCAGGGUCUCACAGCGGGUGUCUCUGACUGCCUGCUCCCCAUAAUCAUAUUGGACAUUUCUUUCCUCGACCGACGCGGUGCACGCCUCGUGACCUAUUGGACAUGCACCGCAGCAGGCUCGUCGCUACUCUUGGUGGCCGUACCCUUCAUCAUCGAUGCCUCGGAUGGCAACUGGCGGAUCAAUUAUUGGUUCUGGGCGGCCUUUGCGGCCUUCUCUCUCAUCGCCGUCCUUCUCUUGGUGCCCGAGACUCUUUUUAACCGCGGCGUCGCUCACCACGAGGGCAGGGUCCAUACCACUGACACCUACGGAACCCAUCGGAUGUUUGAUACCGCGGAGGAGGCUAGGGCUGCCGGUUUCAAGAUUGACGACAGAGACUCAACUGCAUCAGAAGCGCCCAAGACGUUCUCCUAUAGGCGCCAAUUUAGCCCCGUUACGAUUCAGCCCUCGGCCAUCAAGCGCUUCCUCGGUGCUUAUCGGGAUAUUUUCACCUGUCUCUUGGUUCCCGGCACCUUCUGGGCCCUUCUUCUCAACAGCGUCUUUUUCGGCGGCCUCGUCAUCCUGAGCAUCACAUACGCUCAACGUCUCGAGAUGCCACCCUGGCUCUUCCCCCCGUCGGUCGUUGGGACCGUUCAGGUCGGAGCCGCCAUCGGAGCUCUGUUUGGCCUAGCAUACGGACAGGUAACGGAGCCCGUUAGCCGCUUCUUGACACGUCGGAACCGUGGGAUCCGCGAGCCUGAGCACGUCCUCCCCAACUUCGUCUUCCCUUCCGUCGUUGCCGGUGUGGGUCUCAUCAUCUACGGUGUCGUGGGCAUGGAACCGGAAAAGUACAGCUGGGUGGGCAUCCACGCCAGCUUCGCCCUUUUCUACUUUGGCUUCUGCGCUAUUUCGGCCGUGACGGGCAUCUGGCUCAGCGAGCUUCUUCCGCACACCUCUGGUCCGGCUAUUGUGCUUGUCUGCGGUGGACGUAAUGCUAUUUCGUUUGGUUAUAGCAGCUCCUUUACCUCAUGGAUUGCCGAGAUGGGCUUCCGAGACACGCACAUCUUGUUUGCCGGCAUCCUUUUGGCGCUGGGACUUUUGUCUAUUCCUCUGUAUUUUGUAAAUGGACACAUUCGAAAGCUGUCUCACUCCAUCCCCUUCCUGAUGGCCUACUGA